UAGAGUGAGAAAAACAAUUAAUUCAGGAUUCAACGGAAAUCGAUUGAGUGCAAACGUUUACGAAAAAUGCAAGUUAUGUUUAGAACAAUAUUAUGUGCUUUAUUGAUAGAUUUAAUACUGACAAAAGCAACUAACACGCCGAAGGAUUAUAUCACUUCGAACAUCUUCCAGGAAGAAAGUGUUUCUGUGUGUCCGGAUUUAAAUUUCACGCAGAAUAUUUCAAUGUCCGAAGAAAGUGAUCAUCAUAUAUUAAAUUUCAAAUCUGACCGAAGUUCUGAUAGUACUGUGAGAAAUAAGCGCGAAGUUGAUGAAGUUACAUUUGCAGAUAUUUCUAUCACCCCAAAAUCUAUCGAAAGCAGUUUGAGCAAGCCAACAUCUCUCAGAGCAUUUGUACAAUUCGACAGUCAAUUUACAGAAAAAGUAAACGACAUUUUUGUGAUAUUGAGAUGGAACCAACCUGAAUUUAUCGAUGAAAUAAUACAAGGGUAUACAGUGCAAUGUUUUCUCAUCGAGGACUUAAAAGAGAUUCAAAUAUGCGACGAUAAAAAUAUCACAACUUCAAAAUUGGAACAGAGGGUGCACAAUCUAACAUCUAACACGACAUAUUAUUUUCGAGUACGUGCGCAUACUAAAAUUGUUGCUGGUCCUUACACGGAUUUAAUCAAUGUGUCGACUACACAUGAAAAUCCAAUACCUAUAUCAAGAGACACGGUAGUGUCUUGUGCUAAGUCCCGCGUAAGCAACAAGACGCGCCGUGUAUCAUUACGCGAGUUGGAUAGUUGGAGAUAUGGAGAUUCUCCGUUACUAGUGUUGGAAUUAAUGGAAAUUGGUGACCUGUUAAAAUAUUUGAGAGAAUGUCGAAAUUUGCAAGCGUCAGAUUCGCAUGCUCUGCGUUUGCAAGAUUUGUUCGCCAUGUGCGAAGAUGUUGCGCGAGUAUCUUCGAGAAAUCGUGAGGAUCGUAUCAUCAAAAUUGGAGAUUUUGGACUAGCUAGAGAUAUCUACAAGGAUGAUUAUUAUUGCAUGGACGGAGAAGGUUUGCAUCCUAUUCGCUGGAUGGCACCCGAAUCUUUGAUGAUCAGAAAAUUUACUUCUCAAAGCGAUGUUUGGUUAUUUGGGGUAUUAAUGUGGGAAAUUACAUCGUUGGGUGAGCAACCUUAUAAUGCCAAGGCUAAUGAAGAAGUGAUAAAUUAUGUACGUGCUGGAGGCAGGUUGCCGAUGACUCUUAACUGUCCGUCACCAUUGUACCAAUUGAUGCUAAAUUGCUGGAGUGUAGCGGAUGCUAGACCAAAUUUUAAAUUUUGUUUGAAAAAUAUCAUAGCAUUAAGAAAGAACAUAAAAGAUGCCUUACUAAGUCCAAUCGAUACUAUUUAG